CCUCUAUAUUUAGUGGUUUGAUAUCAUUUUCAUUGUACCAGAAUCAUCUAUUUUUUGUGAAUGUUGGAUAGUAUGAGUUAAUCACUUUCUUAAAUUGCAAUACUGUAAUAUUUUGUGAAAUUGUAUGAAGAAGUUAAUGACUUAAUGUUCUUUUUAUACAGUGAGGCACUUACUCAAAGAUAAGUAAGACAUGAAGAGGUCUAUAUCUUCCUUAACUUCCAAGGGGUCAACGGCUUCUAAUAAGUUUAGUAGAACAACAUCUGAAUGUGAGGGGGCUGGCCAGACUGACAGCGUUAAUGAAACACCAUCAUCUAAUGCUCAAUUACCAGCACAAGACUCAGUCAGAUCUGAGAAAUCUUUGAGUGGGAAUGCAAGUGAAGACAUAGACUUGGGUGGAUUGACUGAGGAAGAGUACCUGGAAGCAUUGAAAAAAAAUGAGCGGGCAGAAAUCUGGGGACAUUUCACAAGGAGAUUUGAGCUUGGUAAGAUUAAAGCAUUUUGUCAUUAUUGCAAGCACAAAGGGUUUGCAGCUCACCCAAAAAUAAAUGGUACCACUGCAUUGAUUAAUCAUAUGGAAAAAUGUACUGAGUACCCUCCAAAUAAAGAAAAAUGGAGUAAAAAACAAAAAGUGUUGACUUAUGGUAAGUCAAAAGAUUUAGUGGUUAUAGGAUGCACUCAAGAAGAAAUCACAAAGGCGUGUGUUCAAAUGGUAGUUCUAGAUGAGUUGCCAUUUAGUCAUGUAGAAGGAGAAGGCUUUCGCUAUUUUUGUAGGGUUGCAUGCCCUCAUUGGAAAGUUCCUAGCCGUAAAACUAUUGCUAGAGACGUGC